UCUUCGAAGUGAAUUCGGUACUUGAUCCCAUUGGAUGAAAACCGGGAGCUAAUGGUCCGAUGGGCUUUUGGUGGCUUGAUCCUUUUUGUUUCUGAAUUGCCACGUUAGGAUUUGGACAACCUCCUUCACGUUGGUUUUAUCUCAAAGUGAAUCGCGAGGGUUAAGCAGUGGGUUAAAUUACUUUUUUGUACGAUACAUUUUAGGCAAUUUGCACAAGGAACCACACGCCUCCAAUAUCACCUUGUUGCUGGUGUGAAGUCCCGCAUUGUCCGCUUUUCCAGAUUGAAGCAGAGGAGUCGAAACCAGGCGCUUUUAAAAUCAUCUGAUGGGCAGUUAUUGAGUUAUCCCUGGGUUCAGGGUGUGAAUCCAGCACUCAAUCCAGCGAGCUUAUCCAGCAGCAACAGAUCAUUGGGUAAUAUUGGCAAUGAAACCUGAUGGGGUGGCCAUAGCACCAUCUGAACCAAUGGAAGCCGAUGGAACAGAACCUAUAAUCGAACUAAACGAGAAUGAUGGGGCAUCUCAAAAUGGCACUACACCAUCACCCCCACAACCUGAUGCUCCCCAAAAUGAGCAAACCGCUCCUCCAACUGUAAAGGAAGCUUCUGAGAAAGCAGUAGAUGCUAAAAGCAAAUGCAAAGGGCCAGUCAAAGGCAAGAUUGCUGCAGGUCCAGCUAUGACUGGACCUGGUACACGACCCAAAGCAACCCAAAGCCGUGUGGCUAAUGGCCUCACAAAGACUGCAUCAAGUACCACAACAAAGAAACCCAUUCCAGUUAGCACUGCUGCAGCAGACCAGAAGAAACCCACCACUAACGUUGGACCUUCUGGUCCUAGUAAGAAACCCGUUGGUUCUUCUACUGCCAUUGCAACUUCAAGGGCCCAACUUAAAGCAGCAACUGUUGGAACUAGCAGAUCAACUACAGCUGGCAUAGCCAGCACAGCCACCAGCCUGAGUAAGAGACCUGCCACAGCUGCCACUAGUGCUUCAAUCAAACCCAAAACCACAGCUCCUGCUCCAAGGCAAGCUGCUGCCAAACCCAGCAUUUCAGCCAAAGCCAAAACCACUGCGGCUCCCAAAACUAACAGGGCAACUGGAAUUUCUGCCCCUCAACCAGCUGCUACUUCAGCUACAGGAAGAACAGUAACCGGUACAACAACGUUGUCUUCUGCUGUUCCUAGAACAAGCCGCACUGCUACACAACAGCCUGUUAAACCCCUGGUUACAGCAUUAGCUGCUCGGAAAGAUGCUGGAAAAACAAACACUACAGCACCUGCAAAAAAAACUGUUGCCUCAACAAUAUCCCGUCCAGCUGCCAGCAAGUCUUCAAAUUCAGUGGCUUCAAAACCAGUUGCCACUACCAAACGGCCUCCAACUAGCAUCAAAUCACCUCAAACCAAACCAGAUGACAAAAAAUUUAUACCAACACAUAAGGUGCCUCCUAGUCCACGAAACCAUCCUUCACGGACCGCAACAGGCAAGAGCACUGCAGCAUCUUCCGGUCACAAACAAGCAGAGAGCAUAGUUGGUGUUAAGCUUCAGCCACCUAAACCGACACAGUCUGUUUUGCCACUUGUCAAAAGAAAGCCUGAUGAUAAAGAACCUGCAAGAAAACCUGAUGAUGAAGUACCUGCAACAGAGCCUGUACUUCUUUCGACAGCAGCUGUAGCAACAGCUACAGCCAUAGCCAGGGAAGAGCCCGUUUCAGAGCCUGAAGCUACUUCAACUCUAGAGAGCUCUCUGGAUGUUCCAACCUCUUCUUUAGAUGUACAGGAAAAGGUUGAUGUGCAGGUCACUAAUGACAGCUCCCAAUGUGUGCUGGAUGUAUCUAACAAUGAGCCAGAGGCUCAAGAGGCCUUAUUAGAAUCUGAUCCUGUUGAAGUGGCUUGUCCGACAUUGACUGUAGUCAAGGAGGGAUCUGAAGAGCAGGUGUCUGGAAAAGAUGAUGAAAAGCAUAUUGCGGUUGUGGCACCAGUUGUACAGGAAGCAACUGAGCAGGAAAUCUUAACUGCUUCACAGAUCGAUAACUCCGCUGCUACAAUAGUGUCCACUGGUGUAGAGGUGGCUGUAAAAGCUGAACAGAUUAACAGUGACUGUUAUGAAGAUGUGGAAGAAGAAGAGAGGGAAGGCAGUCAACAAGUGUCUUUGUCAGAAAUGAGUGGCACCCAGCCUACUGAAGAGUCUCGUCCUGGGUCAGCUGGGCUUGCUGGGUCCAUUUGGCGUGCAGGGGCCUUGCUCUCUGAGCUUGACUCUGAGGAUGUGAGUUGCAGUCAGCAGUUAGCAUCAGAGCUAAGUGCUCCAGGCGUUCUGGAGGGCACUGAGAGCAUGGAUGAUAUAGGGGAUGCAAGCCUUAAAGGAGCUGAUGGUGAAGGUGCAUCUGUUGGGUCCCCUGACUUUGAGAAGGUUUCUGAUAUUCUUACUAAUGAAGAUGAUGAUGAUGAUGAUGGUGAUGAUCGAAUCUGUGACAUGGAGGUUGGGUCGGAAAGAGCAGAGGACUCUCAUAGGCAGCAUCAUGACAAUGAGGAUGAUGAAGAUGUAGAGAUGGCAAGUGAGGGCAUUACUGAGAGUGGGCUUGAAAGUUAUGGGAAUGCAGAUGAAGAUGACUUGACCGAAGACUAUAAAUUAGACAACUUGAACCGAAUCCAGCCUCCACCCAUGGUUCCUUCUGCCCCUCUUGCAACCCAGUGGAACCAGUCUAGUUGCUUUGCUGAUGCCUGGGCCCAGCCACCACAUCCUGGCUCUACACUUCUUUCAAGUCCUUCGUCUGAAUGUCGGCAAGCAGAACCAGAAACCCCAGCACAGACACCCAUUCAAACAAGAAUUGAUGUUCACUCUGAAAGGGGCUCUCCAUCAAACCUUUUGAAGUCUCCACCUUGCACCCCUCACCAAGCCCCAAUAUCUGCUGCAGUGGGGGAUGUUAGCCCCAAACCAGGCUUGACACCCUCUCAAACCUGCAAGUUUCAGUCUGAGACUUCCAGUGACCCUGACCUAGCAUCUGACAGUAACAGGGACAAAAGUAUAGCAGAAGAGGUGAAACACAACAACUUUUCUAGUACUGAGACUCAUUCUGAAGUGGAGCUCCAGCCAGAACCACUACACCCUGCCCCCACUGUAUUGACAGACAUGCAGGAUCUAGGCAUCCACAUUGAAUGUGCUGAUGAGGAAAAAGAACCUGAAACUCUGCAAGCUGAUGAUCUACUGGGUGGUCCAGCAACUGCUUCAUCAUCUCCUUCAUCAGCUACUGGGGAUGAGGAAAGUGGCACAGAAGGUGAAAUGCAGAUCAGUGACCCUCAAACUGAACAAUCUGGCACUGGGAAUGCCUAUGGAACAGCACAUGUGGGACACAACCCGUCCGCUCUAGAGGAAUGUGAAGAAAUGGGUGGGGAGAAUGAAGGUUGUGGUAGUGAGACCCCUCAGUCUGCUACUUCUGCUGCUUCCUAUGGCUUUGACUACAUGACCUCUAACUCCAAUGCCCAGUCAUCUGCAGAGAGUUGCAGCAAGAGUCCUGGCAUCUUUUCUUUAGAAAAUGAAGAGCAGCUCCCAGAUGAGGCCAAGGAUACAUCUCUUCUUAAAGAGUUGACCCUGAUACCUGCUACUGCAUCUGGGGAAAAGACUGACCCUGUUAAAAGCCAACAUGGAGAGUUCCAGUCUCACCCAGAGCAGCAGUACAUGCUAUGUGGAGAGUCCAGUGAGCUGCCUGAGCCCGAUUCAGUACCGGGAGCUGUACUCUUAGAGUCUGGUUUGAUUAAUUCUUCAUCCCCACAGCACCUGGAAGAGGAACAAGAUCUUGACAAUCAGCAUCCCUACUACUCCACUAUAUGUGAAAAGACUGAUAGUCCCCUGGCAGAAAGUAACUCCCACUUUCCGCCACAACCAAGUGACUUGCUGUCCAUCCAAAUGACGAUGUCAUCCAAACUUUGUCUCCAGCCACGUGCAACGUGUGUGACCCAACCACCACGGCUCCCCACUGACCUCCCUCCCAGAACACCAAAUGUGGUGUCAAACACACAGCUCCGAUGUCUAGAGCAACACCAACAUCACCUUCAUGAGAUCCAGCAACGGCAGGAGAAGCGUAAUCGAGAACAAGUGAGACAAGAAGACUCAAAAGAGGAGAAACAAGCAAGGAAUGAGAGAAAGCAGCAGGAGGAAGAACAGAGGAGACAUUUACUUGAGUUGCAACUUAAGCAGCAAGAGCAAGAACUUAAGCAGCGACAGCAGAUCAUGCAGUGGCAGCAAGAACUUGAACAACAGCAGCAGCAAAAACACAAGGUCCAUACACCAGUCGUCCUCUCUCCUUCAUCAGGUCUCACCACCAUCUAUGAAACUGUGGAAACGAGUGACUCAGAAGACGAAGUGGAUGAGGACGUAGAAGAUAGAAGCUCCUUUAAUGUGUGCCCUGAAAAAGACUUGCAAACAUGCACUGAAGAAAAUGACUCUGCUGAUCAUUAUUCACAAUGCACAACACCUUCCAUGGGGUCCAUUAUUCAGGGUCCACAUCAGGAACUCCAGGAGACAGACCCUGCAGCUGAUCAUGACAGUCCUUCUCCCUUGGGAUCUCCUGAAUGGCCUCUGGAGUUUGACUGGGGCAAGAAGGUGGACAUUGUCCAGCAUCUUAUCAAUCAGACAUUACUGCUUGCAGGUGAUGGUUACUCGCCCCUUCUUCUGCUACCUGGAGGAGCAGGUGGGACACUCAGCCCCCUCGAAAGCAGCCUGUGGCCCAACUUGUUGCCACCUCUGACACCCCCUUCAGCCACCGUGACGUCUGUGAGCAGCUUCUCACCUGAGGCUUCAGGCAGCUCUGCUCAGGGUGAGUGGACCGUUGUAGAGCUGGAGACACACCACUAAGGAAAGUUGAAUAAAAUGCCUGCCAAAUAUGAACUUUUGGUCUCAAAGACUAGAGAUCAAGGUCUACCAGUUGGGAAGCACAUGUUGUAGCCUUAGAGAAUAGAGCAUUCUUUUGAUAAAAUCUUACUUGAGAUGUAGUCAUGGAUAUGACUGGUUCAUCCAUUUUUAUUCUGCAGCAUUUCAGCAAGUGUUGUUUGAGUAGAAAAUUGUGUGAACCUGAUACUGCAUAACAGUGUGCUGGACUAUCACCAUCUUUCUCGUUGUUUGAUUUUUGAGAGUUAUUCUAGUGCUGUGAGCUUUCAUUUUCACUUCCCACCCAUCCAAAAGAAAUGGAACACAAUAGUCCAUGCUUUUAUGCCACUGAUACAGCCUCUCUGCCAAAUUGGUCAGCCAUAAAUGACCUGCCCUCAUGCAAAAAGGCCAUUUCCAUAAGGUUUAAUGGAGAUUUCUUGCUGGCUUGAACUACAUAUAUUUAUCUCUUAGUCAUUGAGCAGGCGGCAAAAUGCCAACUCUAUGAUUGAGCAAGUUAAAACAAAAUGGGUUCCUUUCUCUGAAGACUUGGAGCAGAAGAUCUGUGAACAAGAUAAAGACUUGAGAUAAAUUGAAACGUAGGGUUUAGAAUUCAGAUCAAGCUGGCAUUUUUUUCUUGUGCUAUUCUGAUAACAAAACUUCUGUUUGACACAAGAUUUGUAGGAUUAACUACAGAGUGAAGUAGAGUAUGUUGAAGUAAAUUUGCUGUAAAUUUAAAAUGUUAGUUGUUCCAAAUUAAAUGUUUAAUUUAAGUGAUAACUGUGAUGACUAUAUAAUAGAUGAUAUAUUUAUUUUCCAAAGCAUACACAGCUAUCCAAAAUUGUAAACUGAUUUGGUUCAAAGAUAUAUAUAAAAUCCUUAUUAUAAAGAAGCUUGACAAAUGACGUUCAAAGUAAUGUUUUUUUCCCCCUUCAAGUAUACGCAAUGCUUUAACCUUUGAAAAAUGACACCAGAAAAAUAAAGUUUCUGGUGUCAUCCACUGACACCAGAAACUUUACUAUUCUAGAUUUAAUGUGUUACAGGGAUUUUUAAUUUAUAUUAAUUAUAUUUUUAACAACACAGGAAAAACUGUGCAGCUACAUCAAAUGAAAUCAAAUCUUUACUGUGAACCUUCUGAACACUGUGCCUCCCUUACCUCCGAACUAUAUGAUUAUUAUCUAUUUGUGGAACAAGGAGCAGCUCUCAUAACUGCACUUAUGCAGUUUAAAUGAAGUUUUCUGGUUUGUUGUGCCUGAGAUUAACUCCCACAUUAGAAGGACCCUUUGCUAAAUAAGCACAGUCAUACACUGUCACAAUCUUCCAAAUGUUUACUGUCCCUACUUUGGUUUGAGUUUGGUUUGAGUUAACUGUUUAGUCCUGUCUAGUAUGAGGAGUUUUUUUUUUUUUUCUUUGUAUAUUUCCCUUCCUUUAAAAAACAAGUUGAAAAAAAAAAAGUUCUGAAUUGUUGAAACACAGAAAGAAUUAAAAAUGUAAUUCAAUGGGUCACAUAAUGAGUAGGUCUGUUCACCCAAAUUUAACAUAUAAUACUUAUGAAAAAAAAUCCAAUGUUAUAUUGAUGUUUGUGACUCUGGUGAGGAGUUCUGUUUAUCACAUAUCUUGAUUGAAUGAAUUGACUGAUCUUGGCCCAGUGGAAUGUUUGAUCACAAUUUGAUUAUUGGAGCCCCUAUUGUCUGUUUUGUCAUAUGUGAUGGUACGUGUUAUUUUAAAGGAGCAAUGAUAAAGUCAGUUUACUGUAUUAUGAAGAGAUUACAAUUUUAAUUGUAUUUGUACUCUACCGGUGUACUUCCAAUUUGUCCAGUGAUGUGAAGUAGUUAGAGACUAUAUAGUACUGUGUUUGACACUGUAAAGGUAGAAGAAUUUAUUUAAAUGAUACUUUUUUUUUUUUAAGUAAAUAUCAAAGCAACCGCUUUACAUUAUAAUCAGGGAAUACAGGAAUUUCAGGUAGAUUUUUUGACUUUCACUGUAUUUUGGUUACACUACUGAUAAAAAACUUGACAUAUCACCAUUACAAAUACCAAACAGGGAAAGCUACUGCAUAGACACACAAACCAGCAGUAAAUAAAUGCACUGAAAAUAACUUCAUAGCUUUGCCUGGGCUUGAUGUAUGAAGCAAUACAAUAGUAAUGCUCUGCCCUCUUCACUGAUCUUUACCAUGUUUGCAAAGACACGACUGCUUAUGUGUGGUACAUAUUCCAGCUUUUAUUGUGUAUAUUUUUGUAAUGUAUUAUAUUUUGAAAUGAAGGAUUGUUUUAUUUCUUUGUUUUAUAGAGAAAAGUAGGCUGCCAACAGGUUUUAUUUCUGGACUUUGUAACAAACAACUUGGACGGCCUCUGUAUUUUAAUGUUUUCAUGAAAAUAAAAUUGGUUUGACAUUUCAUCUUGAA